AUACCAGCACCAGCGGGAGCGCAGUGGCCGGCGCCAAGGGCAGCCCACAGUGCGGUGGCCGUCACGGCCUCGCAGAUGCUGCUGCUGGGAGGGGUGGGCGACAGUGGCUACUUCAGUGACACGUGGCUCUUUGAUCUGCCCUCUGCCACGUGGCACCAGCUGCAUCCACCAAUCACAGCCGGCCCUGCCAUGCUGGCAUCACACGAGUCGAUGGAGGAGCAGCCGGAAGCAGAGUCAGCGUGGGCAGCAGCAGCGGAGGCAGGGGCCGCGGGGGAGGAGGAGGGGCAGCAGCCGCGGGCGUGCUUCUCCCACACGGCCACCCUGCUGCCCGACGGCUGCACCGUCGCACUCUUUGGCGGCUGUGGGCGGGACGAGCAGCCGUGCAGCGACCUCAUGCUGCUCCACCUCGACUUCCCGCCCGCCAGUGCUUCCCCUCUCUGUGCGCGCCCCCUCUCCUCCGCCUCUCUGCCCGCCCCUGCUGCGCCCCUCGCCACCUGUGCGCCCGUCACUGCGUCCAUCACAGCGCCACUCCUCGCCGCGCCCACUGCUGUUGGUGCAGGGGGGCCAGGGGGAGGCAUGGAGGGCGAGGAGGAGAAGGGCAGCAGGGCAGAGGCAGUGCAGCAAGGAGACAGGGCUGUGGGCGUGGAAGAGCAGGGGGGGAUGGCAGAGGGGAGGUGGCGGGAGGGAGGAGAGGCGAUGGAGUGGAGGGCGGUGUGGGAGGGAGGAGGGGAGGAGGAGGCGGAGGUGGGCAGGCAGCAGACAGGCGAAGAGAGGAGCUUUCUUGACGAGCUGGCGGGCAUUCUGAACGAUGGUGGAUUCCUUGAAAGCACCAUGUGCACUCGCAUGCACAGGUCUGCCAUAACCACACUCACCGUCCCCCAUCCAUGCCACCCAUCCGCCCUCACUCAGCCCUUCUCCUUCCACAUCUCCCCCCCCAUCCCCCCCCAUCCCCACCCAUCCUCUCCUGUUGAACUCCCUCUCCACCCGCCUUCAGAUGCGCCCUGCACGUCACAGCCAGCAGCCACCAUCCGCGGUACCACCCUUCCGCACCUGAUUCCUUCCGCCAUCCCAAGGGGCAGGCAGAGCAACGAGCAAGCGGAGCCAGCACGAGGUGCAGCAGCAGCGGGGGCCCAGCAGGGCAGGGCGAGGGGGCGGCCGCGGCGCUACGUGGUGUCGGAGGCGGGCGAGCGCAUGGUGAGCGCAGCGCUGCGAGCCCGGCAGGCCGGUGGGGGAGGAGACGUGGACGGGGGUGGAGUGAAGGGGGGAAGCAGUAUGGUGGCGGGGCAAGGGGCGGCAGUGGGUAGCGAUGCGAGUGGGAAGGGGGAAGGGGGGGAGGGAGACAGUGGUGGUAAGGAUGGGGAUGGUGGAGAAGAGCGUGGGGGCUUGGGAAGAGAUGGUGCAGGAGCAGCAGGUGCAGGCGUAAGAGGUGAUACUACUGCCUUGAGCGGUGGCAGUCGGCCCAAGCUGCCACCGAAGCGAGCAGGCAGUGGAGGUGUGGGGCGCGGCAGUGAGGUGGUGCGGACACAUGGGAUGGCAGGGAGGGGCGGGGUGGAGCUGUCGCCAUUCGACCAUGACACGCUGCCUGCAUGGCAGCAGCCAUGUGGCAUGACAUGGCAGCAAGGGGAUGUUCUUGGUGCUGCAGAUGCCGCUGCUGCCAUUCCUGCCGCUCUUCUUCUCUCCACGCCCUCCUCUGCCCUCCACGCCACACCCUCCUCUGCCCCGCAGCAGCCCCGCGUGUCAGAGGCCGCCCCUCCCAGGCAGCACCUGGCCGUGCCGUCGUCCGUGGCAGCGCGGCCCCUCAUUGCGCUGCACGGCCGCCCCGUGGGCCAUGCCACGGCGCACCGCGGGGCAGGGCAGCCCGGGGGAGGGGAGGGGAAGGAGGGGGAUGGCAGGGGUGAGGCAUGCAAGGGCAGUGGGGAGGGAGAGGGAGGCGUGACGGCGAUGGAGGCGGGGGAGGGAGGGGGGUUUGGCGGAGAGGGCUGGCCUUCCCACGCGCACCUGCUGCACCUCGGCAUCGGCCGCGUCGUGCGCUGCCCUUCCGGGCCAUCGUUGGCAGUGCGUGUGGAUGGGGUGUUUGACGGCGGUGUCACGCUCGCAGCGCAGGUCGGCGCCCACACGCUCUCCGGUGUGCUGCUCGCCCCCCCUGCUCUGAGGUCCAUCCUCCUCGCCCCGCCUCCCCACUCGUCCGCACCUCCUCCUCGCUCCGCCGCCACACCGCCACUGCCCUCUCUGGCACGCCCCUCGUCCUCACUGCUGCUGCCCUCCCUCCCUGCUUCCAAUGGGCGUCUGACACCUGGCGGUACCUCAGCCCCAGGCACUGACCCUGGUGGUGGCUGUGGUGGCGGCAGUGGCGAUGGCUCCCUGCUACCAUCAGCAGUGGCAGCAGCAGCAGCAGCGUCAUGCAGUGUGUCGGCCCAUUCCACCCCGCUAGCCGCAUCGGCUGACACGCUCUCCGAGCAGCCUGCUGCUGGCGGGGGGAGGAAGCGGCAGGGCGCAGCCGGUAGAGGCGGAGGGAGGGGGCGGGGGAGGCAGGGGGGGCGGGGGAAGAGGGCGAAGCAGAGUGGGGGUGAGGCGGGGGCAGGCGAGGCGGGUAUGGCGAAGGCAGGUGGGGAGGCAAUGCGGAGCAAAUCCAAAUCCAGGACAAGGAAGGGGCAGAUGGGGGGAGAGGGCAGGCGGGGAGGGGGAGGGGUGAGGGAAGGGGAUAGAGGGGAGGAGAAGGUAAAGCAGGGGGCGAUGGGGGAAGUGUGCAGGGAGGUGAGUGCGUGGGAGGCAGGAGAGGAGCGUCAAGGCAUGGAGGUGGUGAGAGGAGGAGAGGCGGGGGGAGGAGAGGGGAAGGAUGGCAUGCAAGGUGGUGAGUGGGAGCGAGCGCGCGAGCACCCUGAAAGGUGGGAGACGCAUGUUGGGCAAGGGGCACAGCCGUCUCGCAUGCAGCAGCAGCGGCAGCAGCAGCAGCAGCAGCAGCAGCAGCAGCAGGAUGCUGCGUCUGUUCGUGAGGCUGCUUGGGCCCAUCCCAAUGCUGCACUGCAGCCGUCACCCUCUCUCAUGCCCGUGCCAUCCCACCCCACUUUCAUGCUGCCCCCACGGCCCUUGUCAAGCAGUGUGGCCCGGUACGGCGCAGAGCAGCAGCGGGCAGCAGGGCACGUGAGUGUGCUUGCGAAAUAUGCUGUGACACACGGAGGAGGAGGAGGAGGAGGAGGAGGAGGAGGAGGAGGAGGAGGAGGAGGAGGAGGAGGAGGAGGAGGAGGAGGAGGAGGAGGAGGAGGAGGAGGAGUGGGGGCAAGUGGGGAGGGCAUGAACAAAGGGGAGGGCAUGAACGAAGGGGAGUGGGAUGAGGAGGUGGUGCAAUGGCAUGCAGGCAUGCAUGUUAGCAUGUAUGGUGACGGGCAUCCGCAGUGGCAUACUGAGGAGGAAGGAGGGAAUUUUGGAGGAGGGCAGGGUGGCAACGGCAUGAAAGCAGCCGGUCGUGCCAGCGUGCACGCUGCCAUGGAGGCGGAGCCUGAGGCUGCGGCUGCGGCUGCAGCUGAGGCCGCACAUGCUCCGCACAUCCCUCAUGGCCUCCACACCCCGUGCACUGCGCACGCCAGUCAGCGCCCUCUUGCCGCUCACAGCACCCGUGGCAGUGCGGACCUUGUGACUCACGGCAUGUGCAGCAUGGAGCAGUGGAUGGCGCAGCUGCAGGGCUCACCGGGGCACCGCGAGGUGCAUGGCGAGGGGCACACAGGAGAGCAGGUGACAGGAGGGGCGCAGCAUCCUCAGGCUGCGGCUGGUGGAAACGCUGGCAGCUCGCUGCCCAGCCUGGCGGCGCACCCACACUCUCAUGGCCACCUGUCACCGGGAUUGCAUGAGUGGGGCGACUGCACAGGUGGCAGCGGCAGUGGCAGUGGCAGCGGCGAGUGGCAGCUGAUUGCGUCGCCUCCCUCCCCUCUCCACCUCAUCGGCCUGGACUCCUCCUUCCACUCGCCCUCGCUCCACCCUCACUCACACGUCGCCUCUCACACGUCCCCCUCCACCCCUCCCUCACUGCAUCUGCCCCCCCUGUCCCUGCCACCGCUCCUGCUGCCGCCCCUCCACCUGCCCGCCCUGCCCUCAUGCGACCACGUGGGGUCGUCCCCCGCGCCCCCCACGCCCCACGGCAGCCGCCUCUCCCACUGCAGCACACCCGCCCAGCACACAGAGGCAGGCAUGGGUGGGGCGCAGGGUCAACGGGAGGCUGGGGAAGGUGCAAGUGGAGUUGCACCGAGCAAUGGAGAUGGGAGGGGUGUGCUUGACGGUGCUCUGAAGGAUGGCAAGCCGGGGUUGAAUGGAGGCCAGAACCAUCAUCUAGAGCUCAUUAGGUUCUCUCCAUUGCAUUGGUGA